AUGGCAACCAGUGCCCCACUCCUGGGAAAGCAGGGCAAGGCCGCCCACAGCAAGGCCUCGAUCUUCUACGGCGCAGAUGAGUAUCUUGAGGAGCUGAAGAAGAAGUACGAACACGACCACGAAAUUGCAGCCUUGAAGAAUGCUCUUCCAGGCGAGGGUGAUCCCAAUGCGGCUGGUGUUGCCCAGAGCAACGACAAGAUGCUCUCCGUUCAGAAGAACAAUGAGAACAGGAGCCUGAAGACCAAUCGGCUCUUCCCGACUCCGAACAAGCCAGACCCAAUGCCGCAGAACUUGGCAUUCCUCUUCACCAAGAUCACGCCGGACCGGGGUGCUGCGGGUGGGUGGAAUGUACUUACCGCAAUUUUCUGCACGCAAGUGCUGAUGGUGAUCGGCUACUGUGCAGCCUUGGCUACCUUUCCGGACUACUGGUGGACCUGCACACUCUGCUUCGGCAUCCCGUUCUCGUACAUCGCCAUCCAGAACAUCUACAUUGAUCACGAUGUGAUGCAUGGUGCCACUUUCCCGGUUUACGAGUGGCAGCGCUUCUUGACUCAUCCAUUUGCGGAUUUUUUCAGCUUGCCGUGGGAGGAAUUCGUCCUCGAGCACAACAGGCAUCAUGCCUCAACUGUGGACUUGCUGAUCCAGGGUGAGUUCGGCUGGGACCCCGAGGAGUUCCACUAUGCCCUGCAGCAGUGGGCUGGGCCAUGGGGCUCGAACUGGUACAAGUACCUGCUCACCGUCCCGUUCAUCCCGGUGAUCCAUUUCUUCGGCUUGAACGACACCGGCUCGUUGUUCGCCUUGGAAUGGUGGAUGCACUUCCCCGAUGAAGGUGCGGGUGGAAAGUGCAACAAGGAGUUCUGGAGCAAGUGGAUUCCUCGCCGCAUCAAGCACAAUGCGUUCGUGCUCGGCCUGUGGACCUGCGUGUGGCUGUUGGGUACCUACCCUUUGGGACGUCCCCUCAGCGAGGGCUGGCGUUUCAUGUUUACGGUGUCCUUCUUCGCCCGUGUCGGCUACUCGGCGGCCUGGAUGUUUAUCACUAACUUCACACAUAGCUUGCCUUGGAACGAGUUCCUGGCACAAGAUCCGGGCCGUACCUGGCCGGUGCUUCACAACGUGAUGGCCAUGGUUUUGGGUGGAAAGCACCGCUGGAACGAGAUGCUCUUCCACGAUGUGCAUCAUGAGUUGGACGGGGACGCUCUCGCAUGUUUGGUCGGGGGCAUGCACACUGAUGCGUCUCGCAAGGGCGCUGGCGCGCGAGACGGCUGGUGUUGGGACUGUCGUCAGGCGGUGGUUCCGAGUGUGGAUCAUGUGCUUUGGUCCUGCGCGGGGCAUGCUGAUCUUCGUAGGGUUCCUCGUCCGCCGGGCGAGCUAGCUGCUAGGCUAGGUUGGGACGGUUCGCUAGCUACCGAUGCUCAGCAAAUCAAAAUCGUGAAAGAGCGCUUGCAUGUUAUGGGCUCGAUUCGCCGCAGAGAGUGGCAGAAUAGAGGACAGCGAGACGGCUGGCGCAAGGUGCAUCAUGCUUUCCCCAAUGCGGUCGGCACGCUGAGCCAGCGUGGCCGCUUCCACGGCUGGGAGAAGGUGCACGAUGCUGCGGCCGAAGUCCUUCACCGAGGCCUGUGGAAGCCCAAUGGCGACGAGGAGACCCAGAUGCAGAAGACCCAGAAGAAGCGCUCCUUGAUGAUGAAGCAGGGCAAGUGA